AUGCACGACAUGUCUUCUGGGCCGUCGAGGCACGACGGGGCCGGAGGCGGGGACAGUGUGGUGCGUGAAUCAGUGCAUUCUCCAUCGUCGGGUGUCGUUGCAAUCGAAUCGCUGCCGUCGGCUCCUCUCUCCUCGCCUGCGCCUGCUCCCGCUCCCCCUUCUGCGUCGUCGUGGUCCGCUCCGUUGUCGUCUGUCUCCCCCAUUGUGUCUGCUCGUCGCCUGUCUAAGAUCCCUCCUCCGUUGGACCCCCAGCCCGGACAGCCCCCUUCUUUCCCCGCUUUUCCGUCUUCUCCGUUUUCUUCGGCGUCUGGGCCGUCUUCCCAUGAGUCUGUAUCUUCUUCCUUUCGAGCGACGGUGAGCGCAGCAGGCGCUCGAGUGAGGAACGCGACGCGCCUCUUUCUUGAUUUUCUCUUCUUCGCCCUCGUCACAGUCGGCGCAGUCGCUGCAGCGGCGUGGCUGGUCUGCGCCUUGGCGCCAAAAGCCGCCGGAUCCGGCAUCGCGGAAGUGAAGGUGCUCCUGAACGGCUUUCGGAGCCUCCCGCACGUGUUGUCUGCCUCCGUUUUGAUUGUGAAGAUCUUUGGUCUUUCCCUCGCAGUCGGCAGCGGACUCGUCCUCGGGAAAGAAGGCCCGAUGGUCCACGUGGCGUGCUGCUGGGCUCACCUCCUGCUGCGGAUCUUCUCGCCGUCGACGAACGCUCCCCCACGGCGGAAGAGCCGAUUCGCAACCCUCCCUCUCACUGCUCUCCACAAAGGCCCAGACGCCUCUCACGCCCACAGCGCUUUCCUCCCUCCCUCGGCUUCCACCGCUCCUUCCCCCUCCCCCCCGGAGUCGCCCCCUGACUCCCCCCCGGAGUCGCCCGCGUCCUCGUCCUUCUUUUCUGGCGGUUGGGGUGUGGACCGAAGCAGGUUCCGCGGACACCUGGAGAAGUCGCGUGAGGAGAGCGUCGGAAAGCCGCUGCUGGCUGCGGCGAGCGCCGCGGGGAUGAGCUGUGCCUUCGGCAGCCCCAUUGCAGGCGUCUUGUUUGCCUUCGAAGAAAUGGGCGCCUCAGACCUCCCCGGCUCUGCGCUCUGGCUCUGUUGCUGCUCCUGCGUCUCUGCCUCGAUUCUCUUGGAGAUCCUGAACGCGCAGACGGCGCCGAAAGACUCAAAGAGCUCCGCAGGCUUCGCCUUCUCGCCCUUUGGCCACGGCGCAGCGCACUCCCUCUGGAUGCGCGACAGCGUCGACUUCUUCCACACCUUCGAGGUGGUGGAGCUCCUCCCCUUUGCACUCCUCGGCCUGAUCGGCGGCGUCCUCGGCCCCGUCUUCAUCUGGCUCGCCCUCCGCGCUGGCCAACUCAGAAAGAAGAAACUGCGCACGGAGAAAACACGCAACCAAGAACCCACAAGAGGCAGGACCGACAGCCGAGCAGACAGCGAGGAAAGAGAAACAGCGGGAAAAGAGAGAGGGGAAAGAGAAACAGAGAGCGACGAGGGAGCAGAGGGCGAGGGGAGGACGUUCAGUGCCGACAGAGAAGAAAGAUCGUUUUGGGGAGAGGUGAGGGAGAAGAUGAGAGAUCAAGGUCCGAUCGUCGACUGCGUCCUCGUCGCCGCGUGCACUGCCUUCGUCAAUUUCCUCUUUCCCAUGGUCGGCGCCUCGUCGAGCGAUCUUCUCGAAAAUCUCUUCUCGCGGUGCACAACGACUGCUUCGGCCCACGCCGUCGAUAGGUUCGGGAUGUGUGCAUCUGCACGUCCGCCGUUUACGCCCACAGCUCUGGCGUCGCCCGCUCCGUUUCCUUCUCUGCCCGUGGCGUCUCCGUCCUUCUCCUUCUCUCCGCCCGGCGCCAACCCCGCACAGCCUGCGGCUUUUGCGCGAGGCUCCGCGUAUCGCCUGGACUCAGCGGUCCUCGGGGAGCUUUUUCUCCUCCUCGUCCUGAAGUUCUCCCUCGCAGUCGCCACCUUCGGCCUCGCGCUACCCGCCGGCAUCUUCGUCCCUGCUCUCAUCAUAGGAUCAGCGUACGGCCGCCUCAUGGGGCUUCUGGUGCUAAAGCUGAACCUCGCGUACGCGUUCAUGUCGGUGAAUCCUUCGCCGAGCAGCUACGCGCUCGUCGGCGCCGUCUCCUUUCUGUGCGGCAUCACCCGGAUGAACCUUUCGCUCGUGCUCCUGAUGAUGGAGAUCUCGUCCCAAGCAGCGGGCUCGCCCAACUCCUCGGCUUUUGGACUCCCCUUCCUCCUCGCCCUCGGAAUCGCCAAGGGCGUCAGCAGCGCACUCUGCAGCUACUCGCUCUACGAUGGACUCAUCGUUUGCAAAAACUACCCGUACAUGUUCCACACCCAAGAGGUUUCCUUUGCGAAUCUGCGGGCGGAGGACGUCAUGGAGCGAGACGUGGUUUCCGUUGCAGUUCAAGAGCGGCGAACGCUCGGCGAUCUUCUUCACCUGGUCUCAAAGCAUUCCUUCGAGGGGUUCCCGGUGAUUCUCGAUUCGGAGACUCGCGUCGUCCUCGGCUACUUGAGUAUGCAUCGCCUUCGCGAAGCGCUGGAGGAGUUGCUGCGUUGCCAACAUCCUUUCAUCCACGCCCACACGUUCGUCUCUUUCUCCGGCUUUUCGCUGUCGUCUGCCGGAACGGAGCGAAACGCGAGAGGACGGAGAGGCGUGUUUCUGGUGUAUCGACACCGGAACGGGCACCGCGUCCACGCGCUGAUUCUCCCUUCCACGGGAGAAGCCGAACGCAGAGACAAAGACGGCUCAGACGAGGAUCGGCCGCAGAGAGGCAAAGAAAACGAGGCGCGAGACCUGCCGGCGUUGCUUCUCGGCGAGGCGGAGACACCGGAGACAGAGAGACACCUGGGUCGCGCCGCCUGGUUCCCGUCCGUUUCCCCCGUCUCUCUCUCCGCAGGAACCACGCAUGCAGAGCUUCUCCCGCUCUCCGCCGCCACGUCCCGGAGUUGGGACACUCCGACGCAAACGCCUGCUUCGCCUGCGGUUUCGCUGAGAGACGGAGGGUGCGUGCUUCCGUCCAAGGCGGCGGAGGAAGGCGAGCGUGCGGUCUCCGAAGGAGAACUGACGAGAGAAGCGGAAGCGAAUCCGCGCGCGAACGGGCGGCCGAGAGACGCCGAGAGACAAGAGCGAAAAGGCCACGUGUUUUGUCGCCUCCCCUCCGGCGGCAUCGUCGGCCAGCAGCUGGGUUCGCGCCGCGGAAGAGAAGAGCGCACACACAAUCUGCAUGCGGAGCGCAAAGAAGACAUCGAAGAUGUCCACCUCGACAUGUCGGGACUCGUGGAUGAAACGCAGCCCCUCCAGUUGCCUCCAGAGACGCCCCUCAUCGACGUCUACGGCACCUUCAAGCAGCUCAAAUGCUCGAUGUGCUUGCUGACUCGCCACGGACGUCUCCACGGCAUGAUCACAAAGGGAACAUUUAUGCCUUACAUGAAAUUCAAGCAUUUCCAAGCGGAUUAA